CGGUGAGGCGGUGAGCGGCCGAGCUGGAGCCAAUCAGCUGCGGGAAGGGGCGGGACUUCCUGCGCGGGGGCCGGAGCCGUCGAUCGCCCUGCUCUCCGUGGUCCCGGCUCCGAGGUAGCGGCGGCGGCAACGUCUCCGUGAGGAGGCGCGCGGGCCAUGACGUCAGCGUCUACAAAGGUUGGAGAGAUCUUCUCCGCGGCGGGCGCCGCCUUCACGAAGCUCGGGGAGCUGACCAUGCAGCUGCAUCCCGUGGCCGACUCUUCCCCCGCGGGUGCCAAGUGGACGGAGACGGAGAUAGAGAUGCUGAGGGCUGCUGUGAAGCGAUUUGGGGACGAUCUUAAUCACAUCAGCUGUGUCAUCAAGGAACGGACAGUGGCUCAGAUAAAGGCCACCGUGAAACGCAAGGUAUAUGAAGACUCCGGCAUCCCCCUUCCAGCUGAUUCACCCAAGAAAGGGCCCAAGAAGGUGGCAUCUGGUGUCUUGUCGCCUCCUCCAGCUGCCCCUCCACCAAGCAGCUCCAGUGCCCCUGAGGCCGGCGGUCCCCCCAUAAAGAAACAGAAGGCUGAUGUGACACUCAGUGCUCUGAACGACUCGGACGCCAACAGUGACCUGGUGGAUAUCGAAGGGCUAGGAGAAACUCCUCCAGCCAAGAAACUCAACUUCGACCAGGACAGCCUGACCCUGGAUUCUGGCCUUCUCUUGACCUCCGCUGAUCCUCCUCUGCUCUCUUGCUGAGCCUUCCACCUCUCACCCCUCUCACUGUUCACCCUGGACCUGUGGACCGGUUGGGACUCUGAGCAAGGCCUGCAUGAGAGAGGGUGGAAAGGCUGCCGGGUGGCCCACCUUGCUGUUGCUGUAUGAGCAUCUUCCUUCAACCCCUAUGACCCCCAACUGAUGGACAUUUUUAUACGGAAAACAGUAAAGAUCUCCCUCUCA